CGAGGCUGAAGCCCGAACACGCAACCUAAUUUAUUUUCAACCGUCUUCGCAACAGGGCACCGUUUUUCCGUCGUCGCGCUACAGUUCCUUCUAGGCAUCAUUCAUCUUGCAUCCAUUCUUCACAGCAGUAGUCCCUACGACACUUUGUGCCUGAUACGCAAUUAUUGGAAAGUUAUCUUGUCUGGGUUACCAGGAAGAUCCGUACGACUUCCGGUUCAUUCCGACCGACAAACAAGAAACCCAUAAACUCGACGUAUCGUUCGCCUGGUUUCGGCGCCCACGUUAGGUUGUCUUUCACCAUGGCAUCCGAUAAGCGGGCCGAUGAAGACAGGUCUAUCUCGCCGCCCUUAGUCGGCGAUGAACAGUCCGUCUCGCCCUUACUCGGCGAAGCUGUCGACCGACCCCAUGGACCCCUGAGGCUUAAAAUCAAGUUCGCCCCCGAGAGUAUGCAAAAUAAGGAGUAUUCUUUCCACGUAGGCGACUUGUUCGAGGAUAUGAUUCUCGCGUUUUGGAACUACUACCCGAAAUACGACUGGAACGUGUGCAAAGCCAUCGUCGAGAAACCCCAGCCGGGUGUGCCGUCGCUUAUCAAAUACCCCCAGGACCAAGAAUUCCUGCUCGAACGACUCCACGGCACCACCAUACGGCUCCUAGCACCAAAGCUAGCAGAACUUGCCUCGUUUAUAGAAGCCCUUAAGGCUGCAAAAGAUCGGCGAGCCGCUCUCGCUCAACGGUGGGACAAGCGUGUCAAGGCCGCGACGAAGCCCGCUAGUUACGACCCCUACACGUUCUUGUCGUUGCGUCCCCUGAGAUACCUUCCCCAGGCGGACACUAGUAUGAACUUCUUGAUGAAACUCAGGGGUGAUAUCGGCAUCAAGGCCGCCAUGAAAAAGCACCAGUGGAGCGUCGGUUUACUUACGGAGAUGGACCCCCGCGAGCACACUAAUGCGACACACGAGGGCGUAUCGCGGACCCUAGGGCUCAACCGCAACCACGGCGAGGUCAUUGAGCUGCGCCUGCGAACCGACGAUAUGUUAGGUUGGCGCGACUACACCACCGUGCGUAAGACGCUAUGUCACGAGCUCGCCCAUAAUGUCUACGGACCGCACGAUCGGAAGUUCUGGGAUCUGUGCCAUCAAAUCGAGCGCGAGGUUGCCGCUGCGGACUGGGCUAAGGCCGGGCGCCCAUUAAGUACCCUCGAAUUUGCGCCCUCGCGAGAGGACGAGGUCGCAGACAACGGAGCCUGGUACGGCGGAACCUAUGUCCUAGGUGGUGGCUCCAGAAAUGAUGAUAACACUAGGGAGAAAAUCGAUCAGCCUGAUGCUGAUCGGAGGCUAAUCAUCGCCCACGCAAUCGACCGUAGGUGGUCGAAACCGAAGGCAACCCCGAGCCAGCCUGAGAAAAGCCCCGAUGAAUCGUCUCAGGACAUUCAGGACAAGCAGGACAAGGAGGGACAGCAGUCCUAGGUAGUCUAUACAGUAGAUGACAUAAGGACUAGCCGGAAGGAAGUAGCGAAGAUGUCUCUAUAGACGGUUGGAAAGGGCGGGAUGCAGAAUAUCCUUGGAACCUGCGGUUGGGAGAUAUUUCUAACAGCUGAUGAUGGGGCCCGGGCUCGGGAAGCGAUACGAAGGGGGGCGAUUGUGUUCACUAUAGGGGUAUCAUGACGGUGGCUGUCUGCCACCACUGCUUUCUGAGAGGACGGACCGCAUCGACGUCACGAUAACCAUAGCGGAUAUGCCAUUUGCGGUUUGGAAUGAAGGUGAAACCGUCAUUUGCCGUUUUUCAUUGUUGGGGGUUAAAGCCCGGGGCAUAUAGACUCGCCUCAAGCGGCCUUUUUUUCUCAGCGGGAUCCAUGUAAACAUUUUCGAUAUCAUCACAACAGCGUCAAUAUUCAGUUGACUGUGCAGUA